AUGUCGCAACAAACUUCUCAACACAUAUCUCUCAACACUACGAUUAUCCUGAUUCUGGUUCUCUUCAUCGCCUUUUUUCCGAAUUUAUUCCACAGCAUCUGGACCUUCCCGUUCAGCUUAAUCCCCUUCCUGCACUCUUCAUCGAACGGCUAUACUGGAACCGGCACCAUGACUUGGUUUCAGAAACAGUUUACUCUCCCCGCAAAGUCCCGCGGCUCGUAUCUCAUCACCGACCAGGUCGUUUCUAACCUUCCAGAAAUCCGAAACUACAAGGUUGGACUACUGAAUUUGUUUGUUCAGCAUACAAGCUGUGCUUUGAGUUUGAACGAGAACUGGGAUGAGGAUGUGAGAGCAGAUAUGAGUGAUGCGCUUGAUCGCAUUGCCCCUGCGGAAGGCCCCAAAGGCGAGGCCUUAUAUCGCCAUGAUGCCGAGGGCCCUGAUGAUAUGCCUGCUCACAUCAAGUCAGCUCUGAUUGGCGCUAGCGUGACAAUCCCAAUCAAGGAUGGCAAGCUGGCCACCGGAACCUGGCAAGGCAUCUGGUACCUUGAAUUCCGCGCCAGCAAGCAUCAGCGCCGGAUCAUGGCUACCAUUCAAGGCGAGAAAGCAUAA